UUGUGCUAAAAAUAUUUGAUAACAUAAAGUUUACAGUGGAUCGUUAGAUUUUAUAUAUUUAAUAGCUCGAUUGUGAAGAAAGUUUGGAGACAUUAAGUAGAUCUAUACAGUAUGUAUGUGAAAUGUUUAGAACGUUAUUGUAAACUGCCAGUUAUGUUGUUAUAUCAGUUGCGCCCGUGAUCACAUCGGGUCUCGAACCCACAACCUCCAGGUUGUGCACACUGUUUGCUUGUUAAUAUUUUAUAACCAUUAUUGCAAUAACGUGAUAUUGUUCUUGCAAAACAUUGAUUUUAUUUGUUUCGCUUUCUUUUAAAGAGAAAUGCCACGACAAAGAAAACGGGUUUCAAAUGCUGUUAGCAGAAACAGGGGUGUUAGACCGAACACGAGACGUCAACAAGUGGCUAACAAUCUAAUGCAUUUGUCACAGGACUCUAGAGCACCGGUAUCCGGAAACAUUGUUUCCACGAUCAAUUCUGCACCCAUAACAGUAGCCCCACUCGCUAAUACUCUGGUUCGUGGACAUUGUGAUGAGUCCCAGUAUUUAACGGCUACAUCCGGUUUGACACAUCCAGUUCUGAGCACGGGAUUUCAAUAUGGACAGUUUCCCAUUUCACAGCCUCCCACAACGAACAGUGCUAACACUUCAUUUCAGCAGUGCACUCAACAAUCUCUUGUCACGGACAAUGUUUACACCACAAUUCAGCAGUGAACCCAGCAACCUCCUGACAGUGCUUAUACUCAACCUCCUGACAGUGCUUAUACUCAGAUGUACACCCAGCAACCUCUUGUCACGGACAGUGCUUAUGCUUUGCAGCGCACCCAGCAACCUUCUGUCACGGGCGGUGCUUAUACUCCGCAAUGCACACUACAACCUGUUACGAACAGUGCUAAUACUCAGCCGUACACACAACAACCUUCUGUUACGGACAGGGCUUAUUCUCAAGUGUACACACAGCAACCUCUUGUCAUAGACAGCGUAUACACUAAUCAGGAGAGCACUCAUCCAAAUCCUGUAUACACAGGAAUGGCAACAUACAGUAACCAUGCCAGUGUUUCCCAGCCUCCUAGGUUUGAUCAUGGCACUUCAUAUCCGGUCAUGGAGUAUGGUCGCUCAGAUAGUACCAAUCAUUCAUCUACCGUGACAUCUAUUCAACAGCCUGUUGUUGAGUCCAGUAUCAGGACGACUCAAGGAUCAGGAUAGCUUCACAUUGUUUUUUCUCCCACUUACAUGUACUCGGCAUGGCUGACUGCAAAUGAUCAUCUGGCACGGGCGAUGCGCUCAGACGGGUUAGAAUUCACAUCAAAGGCACUGGAAAUUAAAUUUACAUGGAACUACAAAGACGAGCAGUUUUCAUUGUGUGUAAACUCUAAAAGAGUAUUUCUCUCUUGUUUUGUAAAUAUUUGUGUUUAUUGUAACAAGAUGUGAUUGGAAUAUGCAUACGUUAUAGAUAAUUGCCAGAACUAUAAUUAAUUACAUCAAAGACAGACAUUAUAGUAAUUCAUUCUAGUGCCGAAAUUUAUAGAAAAUGUGAUUAAUCACUAUUGUAUAAAAGAAAUGUGCAAACAUUCUAGUGCUGAUUUUAUCGAAGAUGUGACUAUUGUAUUAUCGAAUGCAUUCUAGUGCUAAUUUUAUCAAAGAUGUGACUAUUGUAUUAACGAAUGCAUUCUAGUGCUCAUUUUAUCAAAGAUGUGACUAUUAUAUUUACGAAAUGUGCUUACGUUUAUAGAUAAUUGCCAGAACUAUUAUUAGGUCAUCAAUGUGCAGCUGAAGCAUAUGUGUAUUUGACAUUUUAAAUUAACAGUCAGUCAACGCCAUACCAAAUGCCAAAUCUUUAAAAUAAUAAAGUAACGUACAGUU